GAUCAUCAGUAUCAGUUUAAUUUUGGAAAUGCUCAGUGCUUUUCUCCAUCCUUCGAAUUUCGUUCCUAAGCGGAUGGCUGUUUUCUGCUUUAAAAAGCGAACUUUUAGUACAGCUGCAAAGCAGGGAAUGAAGACCGGUAUUGCAGAAGUGAAACAGAUGACAGAAGAUCCAGUGAGGGCUGGAAUUCCACCGGUGGAUCGUUAGGAGCAAGCUCAGGGAAAACCAAACCAAGUUGGAAGUAGUUGUAUACAGGAAUCCAUAAUCAAAUUUAAGAAUGUUUAAAGACAUAAAAUCUUGAUCUAAAUGAGCUGGAAUACGAGAGUAAACUCAGUAACGAGAAGUCCACGUGCCUGCUCUUCAGGAGUCAGUGACCUGUAAGUGCUCAUUAUGAAGAGAGAUCUGGUUUUCUUGGUGACUCUAAUUAGCCUUGCCCUCCUGUCACUGCUAAAGUCUGGAUAUCCUCAACAUAUUGCAGAGGAGUCCUGCUCUGUUCAAAUUCUUGUUCCAGGCCUCAAAGGGGAGGCUGGAGAAAAGGGGGAGAAAGGUGCUCCAGGUCGUCCGGGCAGAGUUGGACCUCCAGGAGAAAAAGGAGAAAUGGGGGACAAAGGACAGAAAGGCAGCAUUGGACGGCAUGGAAAAAUCGGUCCUAUUGGUUCAAAAGGUGAAAAAGGAGAUAAUGGUGACAUCGGGCCACCAGGUCCUAACGGUGACCCAGGCAUCCCCUGUGAGUGCAGCCAGCUAAGGAAAGCUAUCGGUGAAAUGGAUAUCCAAGUGGCCCAGCUGACAACGGAGUUAAAAUUCAUAAAAAAUGCACUGCCCUCCCCCGCAGCUGUCGCUGGUGUGCAUGAGACAGAUAAUAAGAUAUAUCUGCUGGUGAAGGAGGAGAAAAGAUACAAGGAAGCCCAGCUCUACUGCCACGGAAGAGGAGGGACAUUGAGCAUGCCCAAGGAUGAGACUGCCAACAAUCUGAUCGCCUCUUACAUCAACCAAGCUGGGCUCACCAGAGUCUUCAUUGGGAUUAACGACCUAGAGAAAGAGGGAAAUUUUGUCUAUUCUGACCGCUCGCCCAUGCAGACCUUCAACAAGUGGCGCAGUGGGGAGCCCAACAAUGCCUACGACGAGGAGGACUGUGUGGAGAUGGUGGCUUCUGGAGGGUGGAAUGAUGUCGCCUGUCAUAUUACCAUGUAUUUCGUAUGUGAAUUUGACAAAGAAAAUGUCUAAGCUUGCCUGCUCUUUCUUUAUUGUAAGAAAAGUUUUUAAGCUGAUUGUACGAGUUACCCCAUGUUUAUAGAGUACAAGGAAUAUUUUGCAAGUAUGUGGCAUUGUUGUUGUACAGCUGUAAAUACAAUUUAGGUAUUUCAAAUAUCAGUAUUUACCCUUCAGAAGGGAAGAGCAGUGACAAGACAUAGCUUGUUUUUUUUUUUCUGUAGGAAAAUAUAUGUAUUUAGAUGAUAAUGUGGUUUGGGGCUAUAUUCUGCUCUUGCAACCGGUGAUAAAUGCGAUUGCGUGGCUGUAAGGGAAGACAGAAUUUGGCCUCUAGUUGUUAGAAUGAUUAUUCCUGAAGACGUAGAUUCCUGAUAUCCUUUUAUCUUAGCAAAAUCUGUAGUUAUAAAUGUUAAUUGCUUGUAGUGCUACAGGGAUAUUUCAGUAACAAGACAACUAUUUUGUAUAAUCCAGUGAAUAAGUACAAACAUUACUGUAAGUUUAUUGGAUAUGAUGGUGUUACUACUUUUAUCUUUGAAAAGGAGCCAAAGCAAACCAACAAAUCAGGAGUUCCACCGAUAUUGUAAUGUUCCUUUAUUAAAGUGUUCACAGACAUAUGACAAGAAGGCACUUAGGUAAGCUGAGUUUUACUACUGAGGGAGGGCAAAGUUUUUGUAGUUUAAAGACUGAAAGAGGGAUCGCAGUCAGAUUUGUGUUCUCGGGUUGGCUAAAGGGAAAAAUAAGAUUUUGGUUCUCUGCAUUCUUUAGUUAGUGAAUGAUUCAGCGCAUGGCCUAUAUCAGGCACCAAAUAAUUUCCUAAAGUAGAUACGUUUCAACUUUAUAUGAGAUGAUCUUGGUGCAUCCUGAUACAAAACAUACAAUACCAGCCCUGCACAAUUUAAGGCAGGGAGACUUCAUAAAUAGGCAAUGAAUCUCAUCAAAACAAUUUAGUUAGUGGUUCCUUUGGGUAGGAAAGCAUCUUGCAUGUUUACUCAGAUUUUAAGGGUGACCCCCUGAAAGCAGCACAAGUUUCCAAAAUUUUUCUGAUUAUGUAUAUAGCAGUAAUAAGUAAUUUUGCACAAAUAAUUUAUGUACCCAAUUUACAAUUGCAUGAGAUGGAAAAUGUGAUGUGUAUUUAAAAAACAACAUAAUUUCACAAAGCAGUUUGUGUAUUAUUUUGAAGCUGUUACUUUGGAGUUGUUGGAACGGGUCCAGAGGAGGCUACAAGGAUGAUCCGAGGGCUGGAGCACCUCCCGUAUGAGGACAGGCUGAGAGAGUUGGGGUUGUUCAGCCUGGAGAAGAGAAGGCUCUGAGGAGAUCUUAUAGUGACCUUCCAGUACCUGAAGGGGCUACAAGAAACCUGGGGAGGGACUAUUUACAAAGGCUUGUGGGGAUAGGAUGAGGGGCAAUGGGGAUAAACUGGAGACGGGAAGAUUUAGACUAGAUUUUAGGAAGAAUUUCUUCACCAUGAGGGUGGUGAGGCCCUGGCCCAGGUUGCCCAGGGAAGCUGUGGCUGCCCCAUCCCUGGAGGUGCUCAAGGCCAGGUUGGAUGGGCCUUGGGCAGCCUGAGCCAGUGGGAGGUGUCCUUCCCUGUGGCAGGAGAGUUGGAAUUAGGUGACCUUUAAGGUCCCUUCCAACCCAGACUAUUCUAUGAUUCUAUGAUCUUCCUUGGAGCCGGUUACACACCAUCUUAACUUGCUUUUAGGCAUAGAAAGAUGUCUGCAAAAUCUCAGUGUUUCAUCCGGUAUAGCUUGCACAGCGUUUUAAGGUGAUUUUUAAGAAGAAAUUGUCCUUUGUAUAACGCAGUACUCAAAUAUACGUAUCUGAUCGUUAUGGGAGAUUGGUCUACAGAAUAUCCACAGUGGAUGUGGCGUGUGGUCCCAGAGUUUUCCCUAGAGCAAGACAAGAACAACUCAUAUCAACUCUACAGUGCCGUGGUAUAUAAGUAAUCAAUGAUCAUACAAUUCUCUUAAUAUCCACAAAGUCUGAUAACAUUUGAUGCGAUUCUGUAAUUUUAUGCCUAUGGAAACAAAUAAUUUUGCUCCCUAUAUUUACUCUGUGGAUUUGAAUCCUAGAUAUAGAUAUAUGUACACGUUUGCUAUUCAUUUUGAGGAUAAGCAGCAAACUCCUACAGUAUGUGAAUAUCAGCCCAGCUCCAGAACAAUUUCUCUAAGAGAUGAAAGGUCCUUUGGUUGCUUUUCUUUCUAGUAAAGGUAGGUACGAUACUAUGUCUUAGGCUUUCUUCCAACUGUAUAUUGAAAUCUAUUAAAUAAUGUGAAUGUGUUUUUACACUAAUAUUCAAAGCCCCGUUACAGAAUUUGCAGGGAGCCAACAGUUCCAGAGGAGCAAUUUGUUUCUUUAGAAUAGCGCCUUUUGAAGAUCGUGAUUGUUUCCUGCCUGCUAUAGAAAACCUCAGAAAUCAUUUACAUUUCCAACACAGCUUUGUUGAAUCAUUGUAGCUGUAUCAAAACAGUCCAAACCUGAAUUCGCUGUUUAUUUUUCACUCAGAUUUUGAAAGUCUCUGUUUCUGAUUUCCUCAGAAACAUGUAAAGAGGCUUUUUGAGGAGGUGGGAAGCUUUUUCAGAUCCCAAAUGCUCCUAUUUUAGCUGCAAGUCACACCACAUUUAUAGAGAUUGCCUGGAUGUGUGAAGCAUUUAAGCAGUCUCUAUUCCUAUUAAAAUUUAAGAUAAAAAAUAAAGGCAAUGGAAAAAACAUUUACUCCCCCCAGUUUUCGUGUUCUUCAGGAUGUAUUUUUGCAGCACUUGAUAUAUGAUAUAGGAAGGAAAUUACCUGUAUUGUCAGAGCCCUGCCCGCUGGCUGCAACAGUCCUUAUUUUGCCGCUUUGGCAAGGGGAACAAGGCUGGCAGAGAAGGUCUCCAGCUCUCCUGCAAGGAGCAAAGACUGCAUACCCGAUAUAUACCCCUGCGAGGAACGGAGCAAGAAAUGAUGGAGGGAUUGGAAACGAAUGAGCCUUUCAUCAUCUCCUUCACCCUCCAGUUGCUGACCCAGAUAGGUGGACUCUUGCUGGAGGCAGAAAUCAAUGUUGCGUGUAGUGCUCAGUCUGCUCGAAGCUUGCUGGUGCGCAUGGGAAGAUUUACAUUACUCUCAGCGGAAUUCAGAGCUACUGUUUUAGGAAAAAGAAAAAUUGAUAAGUUACAUUUAUAUGGAGUAUUUUCCACGUGCAUAAGCCCCUGCAUUGUAAUAUCAUUACUCUUUCUGUGUGAAUCGAUGGAAGACUUUGGAACGUGUCCUUCUGGCAAAUAUGCACUGAGGUUUCCCAGACUGAAAUUACAUACUUUACUUUUAGAUAAUUUUCCUCAUACAUAUUUCCCCAUGGCCCUUAUUUAUUUAAUUCUGAAUUAAGGGGCAUGUUGGUACAUUUUAAGAAAGAAACAAUCAUACAAUCCCUAGGUUGGAAAAGACCUUUUUGACCAUCAACUUCAACCAUACCUGUCCACUACCGAAUCGUAUCUCCAAACACCUCAUCUA